AUGUCAGAGGAGCCAACAACAGCAUUCUCUAUAGAGUUCUCCUCAGGAAAUACAGGAAUCACAUCGCCAACAGUUUCUCCAAGUUCCACACCUGUCAAUACUGAUGUGUCAAAAACAAGUUCCACAAAUGUCUUGUCAAUGGUGACAACACCCAUCACUGCUACUGAGGCUUCUCAGAACCUCCACACUGGAAGCAUGGAGACCAGCAGCACGCCUCAAACCACACUCACAGCGGUGACCACAUCGACUUUUUCACCUUUCACAAGUGGCUCACCUCCUGCACAGACAACAUCCCAGGGGACAUCUUCUCCAGAAGAAACAACCAAUGUAUUCACCUCAAUAGUCACCAACACCAAACCAACCAUACGAGAUGCUUCAACAGCAGCAUUCUCUACAGAUUCCAUCUCAGGAAAUAUAGGAGUUACAUCCCCGACAGCUUCUCAAAGUUCUAUACCUGUUAAUACUGAUGUGUCAAUGACAAAUUCACCAAAUGUCCUGUCAACAGUAACAACACCCAUCACUGCUACUCAGGAAUUGUUAACAUCUUCUCAGAACCUCCACACUAAAACAAUGGAGACCAGCAGCACACCUCAAACCACUCACACAGAGGUGAGCACAUCAAGUUUUUCUCCUUCCCCAAGUGGCUCAACUCCUGAACAGACAGCAUCCCAAGGGAUACCAUCUCCAGAAGAAACUACCAACUUCUCCACCUCCAGUGUCACCAAUACCAAACCAACCAUAUCAGAGGUAUCAACAGCAGCAUUCUCUACAGAUUACACCUUAGGAAAUACUGAGACCACAUUGCCAACUUUUUCUCAAAGUUCUGUACCUGUCAAUACUGAUGACUUAAUGACGAAUUCAACAAAUGUGCUGUCAACGGUGACAUCACCUAUCACUGUUACUAAGGAAUUGUUAACAUCUCAGAAUGGCCACCCUGGAAAUACAGAGACCAGCAGCACACCUCAAAGCACAAACACAGAGGUGACCACAUCAACUCUUCCAACUUCCACAAGUGACUCACCUCCUGCACAGACAGCAUCGCAAGGGAUACCAUCUACAGAAGAAACAACCAACCUAUAUACUUCCAGCGUCACCAACCCAAACCAAACCCCAUCAGAGGUCCCAAUAGAAGUAUCCUCUACAGAUUCCACCUCAGAAAAUACAGGGACCACAACUCCAACUGUUUCUCACAGUACUUCUGGCUCAAAGACAAGUUCUCCAAAUUUCCUAUCAAAUGUGACAUCUCCCAUCAUUUCUACUCAGGCAUUGCCAGCAUCUUCUCAGAACCUCCACACUGGAAGCAUGGACACUAGCAGCUCACCUCAAACCACACUCACAGCGGUGACCACAUCAACUUUUCCACCUUUUACAAGUGGCUCACCUCCUGCACAGAGAACAUCCCAAGGGACAUCAUCUCCAGAAGAAACAGCCAAUGUAUUCAUCUCUGGUUUCACCAACACCAAACCAACCAUAUCAGAGGUUCAAACAAUACCAUUAUCUACAGAUUCCACCCCAGGAAAUACAGGAAUCACAUCACCAACAGUUUCUGAAAGUACUAUACCUGUCAACACUGAAGUGUCAAUGACAAAUUCACCAAAUGUCCUGUCAACAGUCACAACACCCAUCACUUCCACUCGGGAAUUGCCAGCAUCUUCUCAGAGCCUCCACACUGAAACUAUGGAGACCAGCAGCACACCUCAAACCACACACACAGAGGUGACCACAUCAAGUUUUUCUCCUUCCCCAAGUGGCUCACCUCCUGCACAGACACUGUCCCAUGGGACAUCAUCUCCAGCUGAAACAACUGAUCUUCUCACUACCACCAUCCUCAACACAAACUCAACCAUGUCAGAGGAGCCAACAACAGCAUUCUCUAUAGAGUUCUCCUCAGGAAAUACAGGAAUCACAUCGCCAACAGUUUCUCCAAGUUCCACACCUGUCAAUACUGAUGUGUCAAAAACAAGUUCCACAAAUGUCUUGUCAAUGGUGACAACACCCAUCACUGCUACUGAGGCUUCUCAGAACCUCCACACUGGAAGCAUGGAGACCAGCAGCACGCCUCAAACCACACUCACAGCGGUGACCACAUCGACUUUUUCACCUUUCACAAGUGGCUCACCUCCUGCACAGACAACAUCCCAGGGGACAUCUUCUCCAGAAGAAACAACCAAUGUAUUCACCUCAAUAGUCACCAACACCAAACCAACCAUACGAGAUGCUUCAACAGCAGCAUUCUCUACAGAUUCCAUCUCAGGAAAUAUGGGAGUUACAUCCCCGACAGCUUCUCAAAGUUCUAUACCUGUUAAUACUGAUGUGUCAAUGACAAAUUCACCAAAUGUCCUGUCAACAGUAACAACACCCAUCACUGCUACUCAGGAAUUGUUAACAUCUUCUCAGAACCUCCACACUAAAACAAUGGAGACCAGCAGCACACCUCAAACCACUCACACAGAGGUGAGCACAUCAAGUUUUUCUCCUUCCCCAAGUGGCUCAACUCCUGAACAGACAGCAUCCCAAGGGAUACCAUCUCCAGAAGAAACUACCAACUUCUCCACCUCCAGUGUCACCAAUACCAAACCAACCAUAUCAGAGGUAUCAACAGCAGCAUUCUCUACAGAUUACACCUUAGGAAAUACUGAGACCACAUUGCCAACUUUUUCUCAAAGUUCUGUACCUGUCAAUACUGAUGACUUAAUGACGAAUUCAACAAAUGUGCUGUCAACGGUGACAUCACCUAUCACUGUUACUAAGGAAUUGUUAACAUCUCAGAAUGGCCACCCUGGAAAUACAGAGACCAGCAGCACACCUCAAAGCACAAACACAGAGGUGACCACAUCAACUCUUCCAACUUCCACAAGUGACUCACCUCCUGCACAGACAGCAUCGCAAGGGAUACCAUCUACAGAAGAAACAACCAACCUAUAUACUUCCAGCGUCACCAACCCAAACCAAACCCCAUCAGAGGUCCCAAUAGAAGUAUCCUCUACAGAUUCCACCUCAGAAAAUACAGGGACCACAACUCCAACUGUUUCUCACAGUACUUCUGGCUCAAAGACAAGUUCUCCAAAUUUCCUAUCAAAUGUGACAUCUCCCAUCAUUUCUACUCAGGCAUUGCCAGCAUCUUCUCAGAACCUCCACACUGGAAGCAUGGACACUAGCAGCUCACCUCAAACCACACUCACAGCGGUGACCACAUCAACUUUUCCACCUUUUACAAGUGGCUCACCUCCUGCACAGAGAACAUCCCAAGGGACAUCAUCUCCAGAAGAAACAGCCAAUGUAUUCAUCUCUGGUUUCACCAACACCAAACCAACCAUAUCAGAGGUUCAAACAAUACCAUUAUCUACAGAUUCCACCCCAGGAAAUACAGGAAUCACAUCGCCAACAGUUUCUGAAAGCACUAUACCUGUCAACACUGAAGUGUCAAUGACAAAUUCACCAAAUGUCCUGUCAACAGUCACAACACCCAUCACUUCCACUCGGGAAUUGCCAACAUCUUCUCAGAGCCUCCACACUGAAACUAUGGAGACCAGCAGCACACCUCAAACCACACACACAGAGGUGACCACAUCAAGUUUUUCUCCUUCCCCAAGUGGCUCACCUCCUGCACAGACACUGUCCCAUGGGACAUCAUCUCCAGCUGAAACAACUGAUCUUCUCACUACCACCAUCCUCAACACAAACUCAACCAUGUCAGAGGAGCCAACAACAGCAUUCUCUAUAGAGUUCUCCUCAGGAAAUACAGGAAUCACAUCGCCAACAGUUUCUCCAAGUUCCACACCUGUCAAUACUGAUGUGUCAAAAACAAGUUCCACAAAUGUCUUGUCAAUGGUGACAACACCCAUCACUGCUACUGAGGCUUCUCAGAACCUCCACACUGGAAGCAUGGAGACCAGCAGCACGCCUCAAACCACACUCACAGCGGUGACCACAUCGACUUUUUCACCUUUCACAAGUGGCUCACCUCCUGCACAGACAACAUCCCAGGGGACAUCUUCUCCAGAAGAAACAACCAAUGUAUUCACCUCAAUAGUCACCAACACCAAACCAACCAUACGAGAUGCUUCAACAGCAGCAUUCUCUACAGAUUCCAUCUCAGGAAAUAUAGGAGUUACAUCCCCAACAGCUUCUCAAAGUUCUAUACCUGUUAAUACUGAUGUGUCAAUGACAAAUUCACCAAAUGUCCUGUCAACAGUAACAACACCCAUCACUGCUACUCAGGAAUUGUUAACAUCUUCUCAGAACCUCCACACUAAAACAAUGGAGACCAGCAGCACACCUCAAACCACUCACACAGAGGUGACCACAUCAAGUUUUUCUCCUUCCCCAAGUGGCUCAACUCCUGAACAGACAGCAUCCCAAGGGAUACCAUCUCCAGAAGAAACUACCAACUUCUCCACCUCCAGUGUCACCAAUACCAAACCAACCAUAUCAGAGUACUUCUGGCUCAAAGACAAGUUCUCCAAAUUUCCUAUCAAAUGUGACAUCUCCCAUCAUUUCUACUCAGGCAUUGCCAGCAUCUUCUCAGAACCUCCACACUGGAAGCAUGGACACUAG